AUGCAGGGACAGCCCCUCAUGGGACAGCCUUGGGCAGCCCACAGUGAUGCUUCUGCUGCUGCUGGGACAGCAGGACAGGCCUUGCUGCCUGCCAGCUCUCUGGGGCCCUGUCGUUCCUGCCCCAAGAUGCCUGCGAUUCCCAUCCCUGCUGCCCUCAUUGUCAUGUCCCACCCUCACAGCCCCACUCAAGGCCUUCUCUUCAUCCUCCUCCAGACCAUGGAUCCCAUAACUUUCCUUUACAUGCUCCUGCAAAGCCUCAUCCACUACCUGCGGGGCGUGGGGUAUGUUUGGGAUGAGGAAACACGUCAGCGCAUGGAGGAGCAUGCAAAGCGCCAGGAACAGAAAAAGCUUCUGCUGGAGUUGCAGGUGGAGCAGCUGGCCUUAACGCAGAGUAGAGCUGCACAAUAUUUGCCACUGUUAGCAAUUGCUGCAUUUCUGGUCCUUGUCUUGGUCCUAUGGUUUAUGGGGUGGAGAAGUACCCUGAGGAGAGAGGAGUUUCAAGAAGAAAAUGUGAAUGCAAAUGAAGAAGAGGAUGUUGGUAAUGAAGUACUUGUUCGCAUUCAAGAGAACAUAGGAAGAAAUCUAAUGGAGCGCAUAGAGUGGCCUGUACAGGACCUGCAGGCAGGCUGCGAGUGGAUAACUGGCCUCAUGGAGAACUAUAUAGCUUACUUUGGAGAGGUCUUAUCAAACAGUUUCUACCCAGUCCUGCAGCCAGCCAUCGGGGUGGGCAGUGCCUUUGAAGGCUGGAGUCCCCGUGAGCAGGACGUUGUGUAUCAGGUGCUCAUCCCCAUGACUCCUCCGCCAGGCCACAGCUUCCACCUGGAGCCGGACUCUGCAGAGCACAGGCACAUGAGGAACUUCCGUGUCCGCGUGCAGCUGGAGUGCACCUGCACAGGAGAGCAGCAGGGGGAGAACCUGCUGUGCUUCCUGCACCAGCCCGAGGAGGAGCUGAGGAGCAGUCAGGAGCCCAGCCUCCUGGACACCCUGUGCACCGACUGCUACCUGGAUGUGCACAAAACUGCCCGCUGGUUCUGCCAGCUGGUGAGAGCAGUCUGGCCAGCUCUGCCUCACUCACACAACUGGCACUUGACGCUGCUGCCCUCCAGACGCUCCUGCCAGUUCAAGGUGACCAAUGGCAUUGAAAGCUUCAGGGUGGAGAUGCUGUUUGGGGUGCGAAGGGGUGACUCAGACAUCUUUGUGAGCAGCCAGACUGCAGAGGCCUACACCCCAAGCACAACCUGGCCAGAGACCUAUGCUGUGGCAGAGGUGAAGUUCUUCAAGUACAUUGCCAGCCAGGCCCCCGCUGACAGCUUGCACCUGAGAUGCCUGCAGCUCUUCAUCCAUGUUCAGCUGGGCUUUGGUUUUUCCACCUACAUGGUCAAGACCAUUGUCAUGCACCUCCUGAACAUCAUCCCCGUGUCACACUGGCGCAGGAGGUAUUUUUUGCAGCGCCUGGGGGAUAUCAAUGUGAACCUGCGCCGCUGCCUGGAGAGGAAACGCCUCAACCACUUUGUCAUAGGCAACAAGAGACUUCCUCAGGAGAUCAGCUUGCCCCUGGACAUUGCAUCAGCUGAGCCACCCAAUCUCCUCCAUCACCUGGCACAGUCCCCGGCUGCCCACUCCCAGGCGAUGAGCGAGUACCAGGAUCUUCAGCAUCGGCUCGAAAGUAUGCUGCUCAAUGGCCACUGA